AUGUUUGCUGUGCCGGGUUGGUCUGUAUCUGCCGGCAGCCUCAAAGCCGAAACAGUAGGCUCCAAUGAUGGGGCUGCGUCUGGCAAGAAGCGCAAGAGACCUGGCCGUCCUCGAGACGAGGCCGUCACCACAGACAAUGUCACACAGCUCUACGAGACCGUCGUGGAGGGGAAGAACCCCAACGCUCCAAAUAAGGACAAGUCGGCCAAGCGUCAAAGGAAGAAUGGUACCGCAGAGGAUGCCCAACCAAAGGACAACGGAGACAGGAAACGGCCUGCUGAGCAGCAGCAGAGUGGUGGCAAGAUCUCAAAGGAUGGGAAGAAUAAGAAGAGCAAGAAGACCCAAAAGCAUGAGAAGCAUGGGGCUCAAAACGGGAAUGAGGAAUCACAAGAAGCAGCUGCUGGUGCCGAGGAGCCAAAGGUUGCGGCCCCUGCCAAGCAGCUACCUGCGCAACCGAAGCUCACGCCUCUGCAAGCAGCCAUGCGAGAGAAACUUGUCUCUGCCCGUUUCCGUCAUCUGAACGAAACGCUCUAUACCAAGCCAUCUGAAGAGUCCUUCUCUCUCUUCCAAGACUCCCCAGAAAUGUUCGACGAGUACCACGAGGGUUUCCGCCGUCAAGUCAAGGUGUGGCCAGAGAACCCCGUCGACAGUUUUCUCCAAGACAUUCGCAGCCGCGGCAAAAUCCGGCAGCCGUUCAAGGGCAAGCCCGGCGCGCGCCCGUCCUCUCUCGCUACCUCGCCUCUUCCCCGCACCGGCGGCACCUGCACCAUUGCCGACCUGGGCUGCGGCGAUGCCGCCCUCGCGCAGUCGCUGCAGGCCGACCAGGGCAAGAUGCGCAUCAACGUCCAGAGCUACGACCUUCAGAGCCCCCACGCGCUCGUGACCAAGGCCGACAUUGCCAACCUGCCGCUCGAAGACGGCGCCGUCAACGUCGCCAUCUUCUGCCUGGCCCUCAUGGGCACCAACUGGAUCGACUUUGUCGAGGAGGCCUUUCGCGUCCUCCACUGGAAGGGCGAGCUCUGGGUGGCCGAGAUCAAGAGCCGCUUCGGCCCCGUCCGGGGCAAGCACGCGCCCGUGGAGCACAGUGUGGGAAAUCGCAAAAAGGUCGUCAAGAAGGGCAAGGGCGGCGACGCUGCGGAUCCCAUGGACCUGGCCGUCGAGGUGGAUGGCGCCGAGGACAACCGCAGGGCCACGGAUGUGUCCGCCUUUGUCGAUGCCCUCCAGAAGCGGGGUUUCGUCCUCAGUGGCGAGCGCUCCGAGGCCAUUGACCUGUCCAACAAAAUGUUUGUCAAAAUGCGCUUCACCAAGGGCGCGACACCGACCAAAGGCCGUGCUGCCCAAGCACCGGAACCCGGCAGAGGCAGGAAGCCCACAUACACCACAAAGCUUACAGAAGAGGAAGAUAACGGCGUGAACGAAUCAACAAUCCUGAAGCCUUGCGUGUAUAAAAUUCGGUAG